AUGACUCCUAGCUCGGUGAUUGCGCUGGGUCUCGCCCUGUGGGCCUCGGUGGCCAGUGCCGUCCCCGCCGAUCCCCUGGUCACUGCGGCCCCCAGUCUCGAAGACCUGGAAAAACGGGCGACCAGCUGCACGUUCUCCGGCUCCGAGGGUGCCUCCUCCGCGAGCAAGUCCAAAACCUCCUGUUCCACCAUCGUUCUGUCCGACGUGGCUGUCCCGUCGGGCGUCACCCUGGACCUGACGGACCUGAAUGAAGGGACUUAUGUCAUUUUUGAGGGCGAGACCACUUUCGGCUACGAAGAAUGGGAUGGACCUCUUGUUUCCGUCUCCGGAACCGAUAUCACCGUGACUGGUGCCUCCGGUGCUUAUCUCAAUGGUGAUGGUAGCCGUUGGUGGGACGGUGAGGGAAGCGAUGGCGGCAAGACGAAGCCUAAGUUCUUCUACGCGCAUGACUUGACCUCCUCCUUGAUUAGCGGAAUCUACAUCCAGAACUCGCCGGUGCAGGUUUUCAGCAUUGAUGGGGCCACGGACCUCACUCUGGAGGACAUUACCAUUGACAACACUGAUGGUGACGAUGAGGGGGCCGCCAAUACCGACGGGUUUGACAUCGGGUCGAGCACGUAUGUCACCAUCACGGGGGCCAAUGUGUACAACCAGGACGAUUGUGUGGCAAUUAAUUCGGGAGAGAAUAUUUACUUCUCUGGUGGUGUCUGCUCUGGCGGACAUGGUCUCUCCAUCGGGUCCGUCGGCGGACGUGACGACAACACAGUCAAGAACGUGACAUUCUAUGAUUCGGAGAUCAAAAGCUCACAGAAUGGAGUUCGCAUCAAGACAAUCUACGGCGACACCGGCACCGUCAGCGAAAUCACCUACAAGGAGAUCACCCUGUCCGAGAUCACCGACUACGGCAUCGUGGUGGAGCAGAACUAUGACGACACCGAUGAAAGCCCGACCAACGGAGUCACCAUCUCGGAUUUCGUCCUGGACGGGGUUGUAGGUACGGUCGAGGACACCGGCACCAAUAUCUACAUUCUUUGCGGAUCGGAUAGCUGCACGGACUGGACUUGGACGGACGUUGAUAUCACUGGAGGAAAAACCAGUUCGGAUUGUGAGAAUGUGCCGGACGAUAUCAGCUGUUAAGCCUUCCGACUGUGAGGUGGCCAACAGAGGUCAGGUGGAGGUUUCUUCUCCCCGUGUAACCAAUCAACCAACCGACCUACCAUGAUCUUGGAUUUUGACCCACUGG